AAGAGAUCAAAAGGAAAGUGAUCGAUCACACGAUUGAAAAGUUCGGUUACGAUUCUAAUUUGACAAACAAUUGCGAGUCUGUUCUUCGUCUUUUGAAUAAUAUCCAAGAUCGAAUCCCGAUUGCAAUAAAAGAUAUACAGUCUAGACAGCAGCUUCUAGGCUCGCUUCGAGAGAUCUCGAAACCUUUAGAGAACAUUCAAGAACGCAUGAAGGUCCUGGAGACGCAGGCUGAAGAGACUCUGGAGACGGAUGUGGCCAGGAUUCUGCUGAAGUCUGUGAAUAGUUUCCUGAACACUAUUAACGUCACGUCUCAAGAAGUGCAACUGCUGGACCAGCGAAGAGAAAUCAUUGGGGAACUUCGGGACCUCGUGGAGCCUCUGGUGGAGUUCUUGAGUUGUCUGUCAGUGGUGCAAAGUAGCCGCAGGAGUUUGGUUCCCGAGGCAGCUUUAUUAGAUGAAAGAAGAAACGUGAUUUUGAAAGCUGUGGAAGGUCUUCAGAGGCAAACGUCUAGUACUCUGGAGAGAAUACCUAAUCUAGAAGGGGCAUCGUUAUACGAAGAGCAAUUGAAUUCAUUAAAGAACGCUAUUAUCUCCGUUCAAAAGCAAAUUGGCAAGACUGAUUAUACCAGAAGACCUAGCAGCGUGGAGUUUACACUUCAGUACAACCUCUCGUCCUCGUUGGAUCAUCUUAGACGCACAAUCUCGUCUCUGGAGGAGAAUGUGGACACAGGUGUGAAGGAAGUAGUAUCGAAGUCACUGGGAGCUUUACAGAAACAAAUAUCUUUGUCGAGAAUGUACUUCGUCGAGACCGGUAGCGAACAGUCUGUGGACGAGGAAGCCAUUCUCGAAGGUUUCCUUUAUCCCACUAAUCAGCUUCAGUCCGCUUUGAAGUCGUUGAAGGAAAAACUUGAUCAGAAGACGUUGAGUUCCCUUUCGAUUCAGACGAUUGCUCUUCUUCGGAGUCUGGCGAAGUCGACCUCCGAAUUGGCUUCGUCGUUGUCCAUGCAUCGAUUGAAUCUUAUUCGUGAAGGAGCAUCGGAAGGCUCGUCGUUUGUGGAAACACUGUCUGCUGUUGUGGACGUUUUGGAAAGUGUUAAAGUCUCCAUAAAGAAGAUCGAGGAGGUGGCUGUUAUGGAAGAAAAAUCAUCUGAGGAAAAAUUGGAGGAAGGGGAGCAGAAUGUAUCGACGGAUCUGCCAAUUACUAUCAUGCAGAUCGAGACCAUUAUCGAUGAAAUUAUUGAGGUGUCCAAGGAAGAAGUGGAGUGCGUGCAAACGGUUGAGAAAGUGUCACCUGAGGGGGAGGUGAAGAAAAUAGACAAGGGAAUGUCUGAAACACUUGACGAGAUGAAAUCUGUUUCAGUGAAAGAUACGGUUUCGACCCAGGUUGACGAAUCAGGGGCAAUAAAAAAAGAAGAAGGGGCAGAAGUGUUGUCCAAGAAGGAGGAAGAAGUAGGAAAUGCAGACGUGAUGUCUGUCAAAUCUGGAAAAUUAGAGCAACAAGAAGUAAAAGCAGAUGAAAGAAAAGAAAUAAUAGAGGAAAAAGAAGGAACUGAAGUAUCGUCUCAUAAACCGAAGACAUUGCAGAAGAAAGAAGAAACUGCAGAAAUAUUGUCUGGGAAGUCGGAAGAAGUUGAAAAGACAGAAGUGAAGGCUGAAGAAUUAACUAAAACUGAAGAAACUACGAAAGUUUCGCCUGAAGAAGCAGAAGGCGUAGAUAAACAGUUGCAGAAGGUAGAAACAGUAAAGACAGAAGAAAAGAUCUCAUCUGAACAGGUAGAUGAGCUAGUAGUUAAGGAAGGGAAAGUAGAAAGUUUACCUGAAGGGGUGAAAGAACUAGCAAGAGCAAAGGAAGAAGUAGAACAAUUGCCUGGUAAAUCAGAAAAAGUGGAAAUAAAGGAGCAAAGAGUAGAAGCAGUAACACAGAAGGCAGAAGAAGUGACAAGAUCAGAAGAAAGUAUGCAGACUUCCUCUGAGAAAAGAAGUGAACAGAGUGGAAAAGAAGAAACGAUUGAAAAAUCCAUGCAAAAGGUGGAAGAUGUGCCCAGUAUCGAAGAAAGCGUAAAAAAAACAUCUGAAAAGGCCGAAGAGAUACAAAAAAGGGAAGAAAUUAUUGAAUCAACUUCGGAAAAAACAGUAAGUAAAGAAGAGAGUGUACAAGCUUUACCUGAAAAGCUGGAAGAGCCACCAAAACAAGAAGAAAGUAAAGAUAUUAAGUUAAAAAAAACGAUAACCUCGAUCAGCACCAUAGAACAUCCAUUUAAAGAAUUAAUUAGUCUCAUGUACUUAGCGUUAGAGGAGCCUCUUGCUUCCAAAUCUGAAGAAGAAAAGCGCAAAAUUCGAGAAUUGACCGCCCUCGUCCAAAUCCUUAACGACCUGAACGCGACAACCACAUCGAUUCGACAUACAAUACUGCCUUCUUCGAUUCCAGAUAUUCAAGAACAGGUUCUUCGUAUAUUAAAAACAUUGGUGAACGUAGAACAGGCUGCAAACAAAGUUCUCCGUCUAACUGCGAAAGAACUGACGCCUGCUCUGAAAGAAAACGUAAUGGUGUCACUGCAAUUCCUCCUAGAACCUCUGGAAUCGCUGCAACACAACUUGUCCAUUGUUGAAGAAUUUACUGUUUCUACAAACAUGCAGGAAUUAUCAAGAACCAUUUCGGAACUCGUAAAGGUGAUCCGAAGAACAACGGAAUUGAAGCAUGUGAAGAUCCUUGAGGAAAUCAAGGUGAUGGUGCCGAUGAAAUCGAAGGAAGAAAGUCAAGACAUCGAGGAUACCACUGCGAAACCUUUAGAGGAGCUUAUAGAAGCAAUAAUGGUUUCUCAAGACCAGGUGAAACGCGACGAUGCGUCACCUUUCGGGUCCAUUUCACCUUCGGUGGAGCCUUCCGAUAUUUCUGAACAGCAGAGGUCCGUUAGUGACGAUGAAAUGAAAUUGGACACUAGUUUGGUCGAAAAAAUAGUCAGUCCCAUCCAAAACUUACGGGAACUAGUCGCGAAAAUCCAGGAACAAGAAAUGGAAGAAACUGAAACAUUGGAUCUACCGACAAGGAAAACAGCCGCCGCUAUAUUGAAUAGCAUCAUUCACCCUUUAGAGGAACUAGAACAGUCUCUAAACAUCUCAGCGGAGCAACAAAUAGUGGAAACACACGAAACUGUGGACGCAACGAAUAGAACCGUUUCACCGUCGCAAUCGUUGCCUGUUGGAACUGUUUUGGAGGAACUGAAGAGAUCCAUCGCGACGAUUCAGGAAGAAGUAAUACUGGAAGCGAUUCAAAGGCAACCGAAGUCCGAAAGCAAAGUGACAGCGAGGGAAAUGGAACAGUCGCUGGAAGAUUUGAAGUUCUCAGUUGGAGCUGUGCAAAAGAUAGCGACAAUUGAAACCGAAAAUUCGGAAGAGUUGUCAGAAGUUGAGAGAACAAUUGCGGUAGAGACGUUUGUCAAGUCGGUGAAGAAACUGGGAGAGAAGUGCUUGGCAAUUGCUAGUCGAACUGAAACGAAAACGAAAGCAGUUGAUACAGUACAGAAAGAAGAACUGCGAACAGUGAUUAAAAUAUUGAAGGAGACCACGUCAGAAAUUGAAAUGCAGAAAACUGAAGAGGCUAGAGAUUUGGAUCAUACAGGUAAAGAAGUAGUCGAAGCUCUGAAACCUUUGGUACAACCGCUGGAGGAACUGCAACAAAUAUUGUGCACAGUAGUUCAAGUUGGCGAAUCCAAGUUUGAGUCUACUGAAGAAUUUCAAACGACUGGUCCACCAGUGGAGACGUUGAAACUUACGCCAGUACUAGAAGAAUUAAGGAAGUCUAUCGCUGUCAUUGAACAGCAGGCGUCAUUACAACCUCAAAAAGCAGAGAUGUCGACUGUAAGCGUUGAAACUUCUGUGGCCCAAGUUCUACAGUCCCCACUAGACGAGUUAAAAUUGUCAGUGGAAGCAAUUCAAAAUCUAGAAACAGAAGAGGCGGAAAAACUAACGCUUGAAGAAAAGACAACGGCCCUGAAGGCUCUCGCUAAAUGCGUCGAAGAGAUUGGAAAAGUGUGCUCAGCAGUAACCAGUCAGCAGAAAGUCGAAGUAAGCCUUGUUCAGCAAGCUCAAGUGGCGCAAUUGGAACAAGUGCUUGAAACAAUUACCAGCCCAAUUCAAAUAUUGAAGGAAAGUACAUCUGAAAUUGAAACGCAGGAAACUGAAGAAACCAAAGCUUUGGAUCAAACAGGUAAAGAGAUAGUCGAAGCUCUAAAGCCUCUAGUUCAGCCUCUGGAACAGUUAGAACAAAUGUUAAGCACAGCUGUGCAGCAAGCUAGUACAGUAAAAUCCGAAUCUGCUGAAGAAGCCAAGGAAGCUGGUCCAUCAGCGAAAAAAAUUAAAUUAACCCCAGUACUGGAAGAGUUAAAGAAGUCUAUUGCUGUUAUUGAAGAACAGGUUUCGGUGCAAUCACAGAAAGGAGAGCUGUCAACUUCAAAUGUCGAAUGUUCUGUGGCCCAAGUCUUAGAGUCUCCGUUGGAAGUAUUGAAAUCCUCAGUGGAAGCAAUGCAGAAACUAGAAACGGAAGAAGCAAAAGAACUAUCCAGUGAAGAAAAGGCGACGACACUUAAGGCUUUCGCUAAAUGCGUCGAAGAGAUUGGAAAAGUGUGCUCAGCAGUAACCAGUCAGCAGAAAGUCGAAGUAAGCCUUGUUCAGCAAGCUCAAGUGGCGCAAUUGGAACAAGUGCUUGAAACAAUUACCAGCCCAAUUCAAAUAUUGAAGGAAAGUACAUCUGAAAUUGAAACGCAGGAAACUGAAGAAGCUAAAACUUUGGAUCAGACAGGUAAGGAGGUAGUCGAAGCUCUAAAGCCUCUAGUUCAGCCUCUGGAACAGUUAGAACAAAUAUUAAAUAUAGCUGUUCAACAAUCCACUGCAACGAAGUCCGAAUCUGCUGAAGAAGCUAAGGAUGCUGGUCCACCCGCGCAAAAAAUGAAAUUGACUCCAGUACUAGAUGAGUUACAGAAGUCUAUCGCUGUCAUUGAAAAACAGGUCUCGUUGCAACCGCAAACGACCGAGGUGUCGACUGCAAAAGUCGCCAGUUCUGUGGCCCAAGUCAUAGAAUCUCCAUUAGAAGAGUUGAAGUCCUCAGUGGAAGCAAUGCAGAAACUCGAAACGGAAGAAGCAAAAGAACUAUCAAGUGAAGAAAAGGCGACGACUCUGAAGGCUUUCGGUAAAUGCGUCGAAGAGAUUGGAAAAGUGUGCUCAGCAGUAACCAGUCAGCAGAAAAUCGAAGUGAGCCUAGUUCAGCAUCCUCAAGUGGCAGAAUUGGAAGAAGUUCUUGAAAUAAUUUCUAGUCCUCUUCAUGUAUUACGCGAGACCAUGUCCAAAGUUGAAGAGCAAAAAAUGCAAGAAUCUGAAGCUCUACAGAUGCCUCAAACUGGAGAAAUGUCAGCCAUAUUAAAUACUUUAAUUCACCCACUGGAGGAAUUAGAAAGGUCUUUAUCGGUAGCUGUUGAACAAACAAGCAUCGUCACAGAGGAAUCAGCUUUAGAAGUGAAAGAUGCAGCUUCCUUAAAAUUAAACGUUGAACCAAUUCUGCAAGAACUGGAUAAAUCGAUUGCAGUGAUACAAGAACAAAUUUCCCUAGAACCAAUAAAGGAAGAAGCAGAUGGCAAAUUGGGAACUUCGGUCGUUAAGGCGUUAGAGGAACCAUUGGAACAGUUGAAAGCUUCUAUAGCCGCUGUUCAAGAAACAAUGUCUACCGAGACUAAUCAAACAACUGACAUACCUGGCACAGACAAAAUAUCAACCUUAAAAGUGUUUGCCAAAUCAGUCGAAGAACUUGGUGAAAAAUGUUUGGCAGCAGUUUCCCAGGAACAAAUUCCAAUACAAUUGACUCCGACAAAACCCCAACAGUCUCAGGUGGAUAUCCUGGAAAAGACGAUCGGUCCUCUUCAAGUGUUAAGAGAAUCCAUCAACAAGAUCGAAGUAGAAAAAUUAGAAGAGGUUAAGAGUUUGACAACAUCACAGGUAAACGAAGUGGAAAAAGCACUAAAGAUUCUCGUAGAGCCGUUACAAAAACUAGAGACAUCUCUCUCGUCGACCAUCCAACAGGAGAAAGAUGUGAAGAUGACCAUUCAGGUACCAUCCUCGAUAAAAUUAGAAAUUUCUCCUGCGGUUGAAGAGCUACAGAAAUGCAUCAUCACGAUUCAAGAACAGGUAAAAUUGCAGUCUGCUACUGCCGAAUCCUCGACACAAACUUCUCUCGUGCAAGCUGCAGAGAAAUCGUUGGAAGCCUUAAAUUCUUCACUGACGAUCAUCCAAAGCGUGGUCGCUGUUCAAUUUACAGAAGAAGAGAAGCUUCCAGACACAAAGCAAAUAGCAACUUUGGAACAUUUUGCUGAGUCAGUCCAAGAAUUUCAAGAAAAGUGUCUAGCCGUGGUCAGUCAGCAACAAGCAGAGACGACAGAAGCAGUACCAGACAGUACAGAAAAAAUUAAUGCUCAAGUUUUGGAGACGAUUAUUACUCCUGUUCAAGCUUUGCGUGAAACUAUUGUUAAAAUACAAGAAGAGAAGAUCGAGCAAGAGGGAGUACUAGAAUCAGAAAAGGCUAAUGUGCAGACAUUAGCUCCAUUGAUACAUCCUCUGAAAGAGUUAGAAAGAUGUUUGAUGACCACGGUGCAACAAGCAAUCGGUCAGACACCUGAAGUUGCCGAGGAACUGAAGAAAGACUCUCUGCAAGCGAUGGCCCUUCAACCGGUCCUUGAACAGUUGAAAGAAAGCAUUGUUGUGGUUGAAGAACAGUUGACAAUAACUCCAGAAUCGAGGACGAAAUCGGAAUCUAUCAGGAAUAUUAAAGAAGCGAUUGAAGAAUUGAAACUAACGACGACAGCUGUUCAACAAGCUGUUGCAAUGCCAACAGAAGUUACUGAGGGAAUGAAGAAUGAGAAGGAAUCUGCCUUACAAGCGUUCGCUAAGUCAGUAGAACAGCUGGAAGAACGUUGUUCAGCAGUGACGAAGCAAGAGAAGACGGAAACACAGUUGGAGGAACCUAAAGUACAAAAAGCAAAAAUGGUGAACGUAGAAAUUCUUCAAAAGAUCAGCAAUUCUGUUCAUGUUUUACGAGAAUCGUUUUCAGAAAUUGUAGAAGAGGAAAUGCAGGAAGUGGAAGAGUAUAAAAUACCAAAAGAUCAAGAAACUAGAUUAAAAUUAAAUGUGCUCGUUGAACCACUAAGUGUUCUGGAAAAAGCAUUGCUGGCGGCUGUUAAAGAAGGCGCGGUGAUUUCUCCGGAAAUCAUAAAGGAGCUUAAACAUAAGGAAAUUCCUCUAGAAAAGUUGAAUCUAGAACCUGUGCUCGAAGAACUUCAAAAGUCAAUCACUGUUAUUCAACAGCAGGCAACCGAAACCACGGGUGAAAUAGGAGAACAUGAUCUGAUGAGGGCAGCUAAGACGCCUUUGGAGAACCUAAAAGUAUCCAUUGCAGCGGUUCAAGAAACUGUGAGAGCAGAGAAAGAUGAAACAAGAGAAAUAAAACUCGACGAACAAUCAAAUUUGGAAGCUUUUGCAAAAUCUGUGGAAGAAUCAGGAAAAGAACUCUUAGCUGUGGCCAAACAAGAGGUCAGAAGAAUUGCUGAAGCUUCAAGAGAAAAUAAAACAGCUCAAGAUUUCGUUAGAACAAUAGUUACACCAAUUAACGAGUUACAAAAUGCAAUCUUGAAGAUUGAUGAACAGACUAAAGGAUCAGGAAAAAGAAAGGAAAAGGAAGCUAUAAUUUUCCUUAGCAUAAUGCAACCACUGCAUCAACUCGAAGAGUCAUUUUUAUCAGCCAUGCAAGGGGAGCAAAUUACCAUGCCAACAUUGCAAAAGCUUCCUGUGAAGUCCACUUUACAGGACCUGAAUAAACACGUGACAGAAAUUCAGGAACAAUUAUCUCUGGCCAAAGAAACAUUGACUCUAACCGGAGACACGGACGAUUUCUCGUUGAUAAAGAACGUCGAACGUUCUAUCAGUGACCUACGCACAUCCGUGGCAGUAGUUCAACAAUUAACAGCGAUAGAAGCUCCAGGUCAACAAGUUUUAGAAGUUGAAAACGUGUCUGCGUUACAAGCUUUCGGCAAAGCCAUCGAGGAGUUCAAAAAACACUGCACUGCUGUGGUCUCGAGGCCUAAAGUGAUCGCAGCGAUUACGGGAACAGUGGAGCAGCCAGCGAGAGCAGAGAAUAUAGUUCUUCCUGCUAAAAUAUUACAAGAGUCCGUAUCCACGAUAGAAGAAAUAAAAAUCCAGGAAACGGAUAUUUUGGAGCCAGAGAUGAAGAAAUCUGUGACAGUGCUGAGUGUCUUGAUACCUCCGCUUCAACAGCUGGAGCAAUCAUUCGUCGCAGCUAUCCAAGGUGAACACGUAGUCGAGCACGCUGCAGAGGCUCUAGAAGACCAGGUGUCCUUCGAAGCGACGAGUUUGAAGCCGAUAUUGGAGGAAUUCCAGAAAUCUCUCGCUACUAUUCAAGAACACAUUAUAGAAGAGGGUGUACAAAGCUUAUCCGAGGCGGAAGACGCUUCUCAGCUGAAGAUGAUGGCGCAGACGUUGACGGACCUGAGGACCUCGGUGGCAGCUAUUCAGCAGAUCGCUGAAGGUGUGCCAGAAGUGACCAACGAGUUAUCGAAAGCUGAUAACGUCACCGCUUUCGAAACCUUCGCCAAGUCCCUUCACGAUUUGGUGGAACGAGUAGCUACUAUCGAUCACCAGCAGAUGAUCAUUGAACCAGCGGCGGACACGAUCUCCGAGGACGCUUCUUCGCUGAAGACCUGGGCUGACGUCGUCGAAGAGUCGAAUAUACAUGUCACCGGACCUAUGAUCGUCGAUCAAGGCACAAUAGACUCGCCUUCUGAAAUGGCUGUUUCUAUUUCCGAGGACGAAGCUCAAGCUCUGAAGGGACUAGCUAAACCACUCAGUGAACUUCGAGAAUGCUUAGCCCUGGUUGUCGAAGAACGGAAAUCAAUGGACGCUAACGAGGUGACUGUCGCGUUGUCAGAGAAGGAUGAUCUUUCUUUACUGAAAAUGAUGGCGCAGCCACUGCUAGAAUUGAGAAACGCAGCUGUGUCUGUCAUUCACGAGCAGACUACCGUUGAAUCUGCUAGGGAGAAGUCCUUCGGUGCUGACAGAAGAGACGAGGUUACACCGAAUCCGUUGAUCGAACCUCUCGAAGAACUUUGUAACUCUAUAGCUUUGAUCCAAGAUCAUAUGCUUAUUGAAUCCACGGAGGAUCGGCCAGUUGAUGAAGUGUCAUGGCUGACAGCCUUGGCGGAACCUUUGGUCACACUUCAGAGGAGUAUCUCAGUGUUAGAAGAGAGAGUAAUUUCCCCUGAUGUAGAGCCUAUACAGGAAGAAUCGAAUUGGAUAACCGAAUGCUUGGCGGUUCCUCUGCAGGAGAUAGAAAGAUCCAUAGCGGAAAUACGCGAGUGUAUUGUCGUGGAGCCUUCGGCUGAGGAACAGUCGAGAAUCGACACUCCUGAUUGGGCAGUUGUCGAGAAAUUGGUACAACCAGUAGAGGUGAUAAAAUCGGUUAUUACAGGCAUGAAGGACAGUAGUAUCACUGACAGAGUGGCUGAAAUUGAGUACGAAGCGGUGAAGACGUUAAUUCAGCCUCUUACUGGAGUCCAUGAAAGCUUCUUGGCGCUUAAAGAUAAGACUGACUUGAGCGCUGAUGAAGAAGAAGCCUGUAUCGAUGCUAUAGUGGAUUCUUUGUCGAAUCUCGAGAAGAGUAUAUCGUAUAUUGAAGAGCGAACAGCUGAGAAACUACAGAAAGUAGGUUUACAUGAUCAGAGAGGUGUUGGUAUAAUUGGUACCCUAUCUGAACCUUUGAUGCAACUGAAGGAAUCGCUGAUGACUGUGGAAGAAUCAUCAACCGUGUAUCUCGAAAACUUGGAACAACCACUGAAGCAUUUACAAGCAGCUUUGGAGAAUGUUUCGGUUAAUCAACGUGAGAAAGCGCUAACCAAGAAAAAGGAAACAGCUAUUCCUGUGGAAGAAGCUGUAAGGGUUUCAACAAAAAUAGCGAUUUCUAUUAACGAAAUAAAUGUUGCUAUUAGCUCUAUCGAUCGUAAAAUAGAAAGCUAUAAAGAUUUACUCGGAAUUGAGGUUCAGAUUGAAAAUGAAGCCUUGAAAGCAUUGACGAAGCCGCUUGAAGAACUAAAGCAAGCGGUUCACAGUGUUCUGGAGAAUAAUGAAGCUGAAGAAUCGUCGAUGAGUUCCCUUCGAAAGCUUCAGAACGCUAUUGGUGUUAUUCGUCAACAAUCUGCUGAUAAACCAGUAGCUGAACCGUCACAUUCGGAUACUGGUGAUAUUAUUGGUAUGCUGCGACCAUUGGCACCGAGUUUAUGCGAGUUAGAAACAUCGACUGGAACUGUUGAAACAUUGUGGAGAGAAAAUUUGACUGGAGAAGGUUUGGUAGAACUUGAAACGCCAAUUGCAAAUUUGAUGGACACGGUGAACAUCUUGUGCGAUAAGCUGCUGAGAAUGGAGAGGAAGAGCGAACGUAAAAAGAAAGAGAAGGAAGACCAGUUGAAACAAGAAGAGGAACGUAAAAAGAGGGAAGAGGAAAAAUUGAAGCAAGCAGAAGAGGAACGUAAGCAGAAGGAAGAACUUGAAAAACUGAAACAGGAAGAGGAACGUAAGCAGAAGGAAGAAGAUGAAAAAUUGAAACAGGAAGAGGAACGUAAGCAGAAGGAAGAAGUUGAAAAACUGAAACUGGAAGAGGAACAAAGAGGAUGA